AUGUCGUCACCUGAGGAGACCGUCAAGCUGGCGGAAGAGAUCCGUCAGAGGCAAGCUGCUGACCUUCACUUUCCAACAUUUGCAACACGUGGGUUCGGACGGCGGGACAGGCCUGGUCUGCGAACAGCAACUUCACAGCGAUCCAACAUCUCGGCGCAGCACGACGACGACGACGAGACCAAGGAAGAUGCCCGCGAAAACGAUGCGCAAGCGUCUAAUUCGGCCGUGUCGGACGAUCAGACUCAGCCGGUUACGAUGGCAGACGACGACGACGAAGAAGCAGGCAAUCUCGAGAUGGACUAUGCCCCAUCAGAAGAGCCCGAGACAGACAAGCAAGCGGAACCUUCAGACACAGGAUCGAAGGACAAAGGUGAGGAGCCCUCUUUGGCGGCCGAGAUUCUAGCAGCGGCCGCAUCAUCCGCACCAGCAACGCCGAGAAAACGUACUCGCAGGCACAGGCCCGACUCCCUACAGAGAACAGAGAGCAGCUCUUCGGUCGGCCAAGCGAGCACCAGCUCGUUGGAGUCGCUGCCAACUUCCCCUGUGCCAAGACGCAAGCGACCUUCCCUACCGAGAGGCGGAUCCAGUCGAGACUCCCGCUUAGACGCGGAGUCGAAGAAUAGGAUGACGAUUCUGCUCGAAGGUGAGAUGCCCGAGGGUGAACCAAGCGCAGCUGUAGAUGACAUCGAUCAGCACGCACAUGAGCAUGCCGAAGCAAGGACGGAAGACAAGCGACCAUCGCCAACGAAAGAUCCAGAGACAUCCGACAUCACAAUAGGAUCUGUCAAGGAUCAGGCGGCCAGCGUGACCCAAGACGAGGGUGCAGCAGAUGCGCAUACAGAUCAGGUCAGCGACGAAGAGGACAAGGGGUCAUCAGACGAAGAGGAUGAAGAUGUGGAGCCGUCCCUCAAAUACUCGCGCGUCAGGGGCGGGGUCAGCGACGUGCUCAAACGCGACACUGCCUCCGCCUUUGCCCUCUCACCUCGCUUUAUGGCGCUCGGCACCCAUGCCGGUAUGAUCUACAUCCUCGACAUCGAUGGCAACCUCGUCAAAGGCUUUCGGCUCCACACCGCUUCCAUCCUCGACCUCGUCAUCGAUAACACGUCCGACUUUGUCGCCGCCGCCUCCAUGGACGGUCUCGUCUCCAUCUCGGCCCUUGCCACAGCCGAGCAGUACGUCUUUGACUUCAAGCGACCGAUGCGGUGCAUCUCGCUCGAGCCCAACUUCGGUCGCAAGUCUUCUCGUGCAUUCGUCUGUGGCGGUAUGGCAGGAUCGUUGACGCAUAGGGAGAAGAAUUGGUUCGGUCACAAAGAGUCGGUGCUGCAUUCAGGCGAGGGUCCGAUCUGGACGACACGGUGGAGAGGCAAUAUGAUCGCAUGGGCGAGUGACAAAGGUAUCCGCGUCUACGAUACAGAUGCCAAGCAGAGGAUCAGCUUCAUCAGCGCGCCCAGCAAGGACGUCCGCGGAGACUUGCACCGGUGCACGCUGUACUGGCAGGACGACCGAACCCUGCUCAUUGCCUGGGCAGAUCACAUCAAGGUGGCCAAGAUCAAGCAAAAGGCGGCGGGAGGCGCGACGGCUUCGUCGGGGGCGAGCAUCGGAUCAAACUCGACGCAGAAUGCAUCGUCAGCGCUCAGCAAGGUCGGUGUACCAGGCGCGGGCGCGGGCCAUCCGCAGUACUACAUCGAGAUCAGCGCGAUCUUUCAACUCGACUGUAUGAUCGCGGGCAUCGCUCCGUAUGGCCUGGACUACCUCGUACUUGCCUACGUCACCGAGGAUCCAGAGGAAUCGGAUGAUGACGACGACGAGCACGACGAGAGCGGCUCAGUCCAUCGCGCCUUCAAGCGCCGCGAGGCAUUACGGCCAGAGCUGAGAAUCAUUAGCCGUGCAGGAGAAGAGCUGAGCUCAGACGUGCUCAGUCUCAACGAUUACUCGCGCUUCCAGUGCAACGACUAUCUCCUCGUGCCGUCGAUCGAAGCGCACGCCUACUCAGCUGCUCUGCUCGCCGGGCGCAAGGUGCGACAAGAGUCCACCGAGGCUUCGCAAUUCUACGUCGUCAGCCCCAGAGACAUUGUCGUGUCCAAGCCACGCGACGAGAAGGAUCACGUCGAAUGGCUGCUGGAGCGACAACGAUUCCAAGAGGCGCUCGUCAAGAUUGAAGGCAUGGGCCGCACAACCGCCCUCCAAAACGGAUUCGAUGCCGAAGAGAUCGGCCGAAAGUACCUCAACUGGCUCGUCGAAGAAGAUCGAUACUCGGAGGCGGCCAGAGUGGCGAGCAAGAUUCUCGGUCGCAACGUGUCCGCGUGGGAAGACUGGAUCUUCCUCUUUGUCGAGAGGGGCAAGCUUGGUCUCGCCAUUCCGUUCAUUCCUACCUCAGACCCAACGCUGAGUGAGAUGAUCUACGAUAUGAUCCUCGCGCACUUCCUGCAGCACGAUCUGGAGAAGCUGCUCGAGACGAUCAAAGAAUGGCCGUCCGAGAUCUACUCGACGCCCGCCGUAGUGUUGGCGGUGGAGGACCGGUUGAAGUCCGGAGCGGGCAGAAAGGAGGCAGGGACAGAAAAGCUGUUGAUGGAGUGUCUUGCCGAGAUCUACAUCCGCAAUCGUCAACCCGGCAAAGCCCUGCAGUACUUCCUCCGUCUCCGUCGGGCCAACGUCUUCGACCUCAUUCGCGAAAACAACCUGUUCACUGCCGUCCAAGACCAAGCGCUUCUCCUCAUCGAAUUCGAAGAGGACCUCAAAUCGCGUCGGACAGUGCCAGGGUCGAAGCACGGUGCGGCGAUCGACCUCCUCGUCGACCACACGUACUCGAUCCCAAUCGGCCGCGUCAUCGCCCAACUCGAAUCGCACCCGCGCUACCUCUACAUGUACCUCGAUGCGCUCUUCGACCGGGACCAUCAGCAGGUCACCUCGUUCGCCGACCUCCAAGUCAAGCUUUACGCCGAGUACGAACCGGCUCGGUUGAUGUCGUACCUGCGCGCCAUGUCGUCGUUCUACAGCUUCGAGCGCGCCUUUUCGGUCUGCGAGCUGCACGACUAUGUACCCGCGAUGGUCUUCCUCCUGGGUCGGGUGGGGGAUAACAAACGUGCGCUGUCGCUCAUCAUCGAGCGUCUGGGCGAUGUCGAGCGGGCGAUCGAUUUUGCGAAAGAGCAGAACGACGACGAUCUGUGGGAGGAUCUGCUGGGCUACUCCGAGUCGAGGCCCGCCUUUAUCCGUGGGCUGCUGGAGAAUGUUGGGGCGGAGAUCGAUCCGAUUCGGCUGAUCAGGAGGAUCAAGAACGGACUGGAGAUUCCAGGAUUGAAGGCGGCGCUGAUCAAGAUCCUUUCGGAUUUUACAUUGCAGAUCAGCCUGCUGGAGGGGUGCGAGGCGAUUUUGAGCCACGAUACGAAGGUGCUUUCGGACGAGCUCCAGAGAAGCCAGUCGUACGCGAGCUAUGUGGAUGACGAGUCGGUGUGCGCGAGCUGCGGCGCGGCGUUGGUUGCGAGCAAGACCGGCAAGGGAGGGGAUACGUGGACAACAGCAAGACAGCCAAAGGUGGUGGUUUACCUGUGUGGACACGUACACCAUCUGACGUGCCUGCUGCCACCGGCAAACGUGCCGGUCGUCAAAGGGGACGGAAAGACGUCGACGGAGGUCAAAUGUACGUCUACGCAGGCGUUUGCUAGCACGCCCAGCAUCAAGGCAAGAUGGGGCAGGGUCGCGCAUCAGCAGACCGAGCUCGAGGAGGAAGCAGGAAAGACAGGCGAGGCGAAGCAGAUCGCCCAAGCGUCUCUGAUCGAGCUGUCGAGCUACGGGCCGCUGCAGCGCGCCCAAGAUGCGACGCAGCAGUUUCAAGCACGGCUCAAGUACGAAGCGAGACUGCGCUCGACGCUCGUCGGCAAGAAGGGAUGUCCAUCAUGUCGCAAAGACGGGCUUACGAUGCAGCAGGGCGUCGUUUCCGCGUGA